ACAAAGCCGACUUGGAAUUGCGCAUCGAUGGUCCUUCUGACAAGUAUCUUCCUAUCAAUCGAAAUAGCACCUUCCGAUGCACCUUACAAGGGCCCAUGCUCGACGAUGUAAUGGCGAACGAGACAGGGCCCACUUGGUACACCAGGGGAAGGCGACGAAUCACCGUUUACGCAAACGAGCUGCGGAUAAACCCGGAUACUUCGGUGGGUAAACACACUCACGAAUGCCGUUACGUACGCCCAUGGUUGAAGCUGGAAAAAUCGUUGUCUUUCUACGCCGUUGAUAGCGCCCGUGCAACUACACAGCUGAUCUUUCGUUCCUCUGAGAGAAAAUUGGUUUAUCGUGAAGGUGAACCACUACCGACCAUCAUUUGUGUCAGAUCAAAACCCUCCACUGCAGCUUCCAACGCCACGAAGUGGAAGAUAAUAGCGGGUGAAGUGGUUCACAGUUUCGUGCGAGAUCACGGUGCUCCAGCGAUACAUAUUAUGCCGAACCGCACUGGACUGGUUACGGUACAGUGUGUCUUGCGAGACUCAACACAUUGCUCGUCUAAAUUGGUCGUCUUUUUGUACACAAGUGAGUGA